UCGCCCGCCCGCCGGCGUCGCCGCCGCCGCAGACCCGCACGCACCCAGCCACCAGAAGCGGAGCAGAAGAAAUAAGAAGCCACGGUAGACUAAAAAGCAAACGCCAGAAAGAAUAAUAUCCGGAGCACGAGGCCAACGAGGAGGGAGCAGAGCGUCGCCGAGGAGGCGGAGGAGGAAGAACAGCGGCGACCGGCCACGACCGCACCGCCGGCGAGCGAGCUCCCGAGUUUCCAGCGAAAAUAUCCGAAGAUCCUUGCUAGUUCCAGGGACGUUCUAUCCCAUUAAGCAAGAUUCUUCAAGGUGAUGGUUCAGUCUCAACCCUGCUGACCUCCAUGUCCGGGGCCCCACGCUCCAACCUUGGACUUGUUCCCAGGGACAUGAAUGGUAGCCUUCCAGUCAGUACUACAAAUUCCUCUGGGCCAAGCAUUGGUGUUAGCUCUUUGGUGACCGAUGGCAACUCAUCACUUUCUGGAGGUGCCCAGUUUCAGCAAAGCACGAGCAUGAAUGCUGAUUCAUUCAUGCGCCUUCCUGCCUCUCCGAUGUCGUUUUCGUCCAACAACAUUUCUGGCUCUUCAGUCAUUGAUGGCUCCAUCAUGCAGCAAAGUCCACCCCAAGAGCAGAUGCAGAAGCGGAGAGCAUCUAGUGUAACAUCACAACCUGUGAUUGAUGCUGCCGCCGCAUUUCAUGCUCAAAAGAAGCCAAGAGUUGAUAUUCGGCAAGAUGAUAUCUUGCAGCAACAGUUGAUUCAACAGCUGCUCCAAGGUCAGAGUUCCCUUCAUCUCCAGGGCCAACAUAACCCACAGCUUCAAGCCUUGAUCCGGCAGCACAAACUGGCACAAAUUCAGCAACAACAGCAGCAUCAGUUAUCGCAACAAUUUCCUCAGCAUCAACAUUCUCAAGUUGGCAUACCUCGGCAGCCGCAGUUGAGGCCGCCGCUAGCACAGCCUGGAAUUCAGCUAGCUGGACCUGUUAGGACUCCUGUUGAGAGUGGGCUUUGUUCUCGAAGGUUAAUGCAGUAUUUGUAUCACAAGCGUUACCGGCCAGAUAAUAAUCCCAUAACAUACUGGAGGAAGCUCAUUGAUGAAUAUUUUGCACCACGAUCAAGAGAGAGAUGGUGUGUGUCAUCAUAUGAAAAACCAGGGAAUACCUCAGCUGCUAUUCCACAGACAUCCCCGGGUACAUGGCGUUGUGAUAUUUGUAAUACGCAUUCGGGGAAAGGAUAUGAGGCUACCUCUGAAAUACUUCCUAGACUCUGUCAAAUUAGAUUUGACCACGGUGUUAAGGAUGAAUAUCUAUUCCUUGACAUGCCGAACGAGUUCCGGUUGCCCAACGGACUGCUGCUCCUGGAGCAUACUAAAGUUGUUCAGAAGAGCAUCUACGACCAUCAACAUGUCACACAUGAGGGACAACUGAGAAUAAUAUUCACUCCAGAACUAAAGAUUAUGUCCUGGGAGUUUUGUUCACGGAAACACGACGAGUAUGUCACUCGCAAGUUUCUAACAGAGCAGGUUACACAUAUGCUGCGUGCUACCCAGAGUUAUCAAGCUACUGUCACUAAAAAUGGACCUGCUGGCCUAUCGCACGAUGAGGCACAGAAGGCUUGCAACGAUUUUGCGUCAGCUUCACGACAACUAGCGAAAAAUAUAGAUCACCACAGCCUAAAUGAACAUGGUCUUUCUAAAAGAUAUGUUCGCUGUUUGCAGAUAUCAGAGGUGGUGAAUCACAUGAAGGAUCUAAUUGAGUUCAGCCACAAGAACAAGCUCGGCCCUAUAGAGGGACUGAAGAACUAUCCCAAGCAAACUGCUGGACCAAAGCUCACGGUGCAGAAUUUGCAUGACUCAAAGGCGGUCAAAAUAGAAAUGAGCCCCCAUGUUAAUAACGAGGUUCCAGGUGUUGGAGCAACUAGUAAUAAUCCGCAGAAUCCUGCAGCACAAAGCAAUUACCAACACAUUCUGAGAAGCUCAAGUGCAAAUCAGGGUUUGCUUCAGCAGGAGGCAUCACAGAAUGCCGCGGCAAUGAACAGUUACCAGAAUCUGUUUAGAAGCUCAAGCGCAAAUCAGGGUUUGCUCCAGCAGGAGGCAUCUCAGAAUGCUGCUGCGCUAAAUAAUUACCAGAAUAUGCUUAGGGGCUCGAGCCCGAAUCAAAGUUUACUUCAGCAGGAGGCAUCGAGUAUCUUCAAAGGUCCUACAGCAGUGCACAGUGGCAUUCAGCUGGAAGCAUCUAGGUCGUUCCGUGCGGCUCAGCUUGGGCAAUUCCAGCAUCCCAUGUCGUUCCAGCAAGGUAUGCCCCAGCACCAGCAUAACAAUUUCCAAGGCCUGGGCGCUAGUCCACAAUUCCAGCAGCAUGUGAUCAAUCAGCUGCUGCAAGAAGCCAAGAAUACCAAUAGCCGCACUCUUGCUCAUCAGCAGCAGCAGCAACACCAUCAGCAGCAGCAGCAGCAGCAGCAGCAACACCAUCAACUGCAGCAGCAGCAGCAACACCAUCAACAGCAGCAGCAGCAGCAUCAACAGCAGCAGCAGCAACAACAUCAACAGCAGCAGCAGCAACAUCAGCAGCAGCAGCAGUCUCCUAGCACUCCCAAUGCAAAUGGUGGUCUGGCAUCCGGAGCCGCGGUCACCAACAGCGCCGCUAGCACAGAGCAGGCACAGCACAUGAAUAACGGCACAGCAAAGGGCGCGGCUCCGAUGGGUACGGGGCCUAGUAACCUGAUCAACAGCGGAGCUGGCAUGGUCCAGCGAAGCAGCAGUUUCAAGUCGGUAAGCAGCAACCCGGCCGCUUCUGGCGGCAAUGCUGUGGCGACCCCAAAGGCGGAGUCUGUGCACGACAUGGACGACCUGGAACAUCUCAUCUCCCACGAACUCGUGGAGAGCGGGCUGUUCAUGGGGGAGCAGCCGGGGGACGGUGGCUUCUCGUGGAAUAUCUGACAUCAUUGUCAACCAAAGUCUCGCUACUCUGAGAGCUGUGUUUGAUGAUGAUAUCGCAGUAGAUUAUUAAAAAGUUUUUCCUCUUUUUCGAGCUCGCGUUGUCCGCCUGGAACAGUCUCUGGUGAUCAUAGAUUGACGAACUUUCAGUUAUGUGAGAGUGUGAGUUGGUUUGGAUAGCAGUGCAACCCAGUGUUAUUAACUAAGUAUGGAAUGACAUGCUGUGGUUGUCAUCUGUGCUGCUAUCUUCUUACCAGUGUUUGGCCUGCCAUCUGUAAUCUGUUCUUAAACCCAUCAUAUAUCCAUGAGAGGUGUAGCAA